AUGUCAUCAAAAACAACCGAGCUAUCACGAGAUCCGAGCAUAAGCUCAGCGAUGGCGCACCGAGGCCUUCUAAUCCAGAGCACAGUGCUCCUAGCCAUAAACCACAGCUACGAGAGCACAGGAUGCGACAAGAGCGACGAAAAAUGCCACCUGAUGUACGGAACGAUUCGGGAGGCGCAAGCCAAAGUGACCGGUUCGAUGCCGGUUGAGGUGCGGGAAACGACCAAGGGAAUGAUGUGUGAUUUUGCGUCGUUGAAGAGACGAUGUGGUCUGUUGAGUGUCGAAAAAGUCGUGGUUUUGGGGUUGGUACUGGUGAACGGCAGCGUUGACCAGUGCGCGCGCAUCGCUAUGCAUAUAAUGCCCACGGUGACGGAACUCCAGUUUUACGCCUGUUAUCAGGUGAGUCCCGUCAUGUUUGAGUUGGAAUGCUACGAUCUGGCUGGAAUACGUUGGCCGGCUAAGGUCGUGACCGACAACGAAGCGAAUCGAUGCAUAGAGGCAAGUUUCCCAGAAUUGAGAUCUGGCUCCCGAGGUUUCGACCGUAGUCGGCACAGACAAGUGACGCACCGGCUGUUGCACGGCAUCGACGUGAUCUGCGAGUAUUUGAAAAAGGACCACGUCUCCGACGCGGUCCUGGAGCAAGUGUCGUUGCUGGUGUCGGAGAUUCAAAAGGGCCCCACGCCAGACAUCGAGCUUGCAUUGGCGGAAAAGGAGGCAGAUUUACAAACGCUAGACAUACUGUGCUCACAAUGGGAAUCGGUUGAAAUUUUGAACAGAGUGUUACCGUAA